AUGAAAACAUCUAUUUGUGAUUUCUUAGAUAACAUGAACAAUGAAACAAUCGUCAGAUUUCCUCCGCUUCGAUUUCUAUUGAAAUUAGAUGUUAUGGAUUUGUGUGAUGCUUUUCCUGAACUAGGUGAUUUAAUUCAUAAUGAGCCUGUUAAAUUUAAUAACAUUUGUAACGAAAUCUUUUUCGCAUGCCUUAAAUCUACAGAAAAUGAAUAUACGCAAUCGAUUCAGACGUCACAAGUGACUGUUACAAUUAGACUGAAAAGUUUACCACGUGUUUUAUCUCGAUCCACAAGCCAAUCGCGAUGCGGAAAUAUAGUAACACAUUUUGGAUUACUUUUGAAGAUAUCAAAACUGACAAGUAAUGUAUUUCAUUCAGUUUGGUCCUGUCCAGAAGAAUGCGAUGGUAAUGAGGUUAUACUACACUAUAUACCUAAAGCAUCACCUAAGUGCUCACUUUGCAAGAGCACGAUGUUCGAGAACAGCGGUCUAAGACGCUGUGGCGAACAAGUAGUCGCUACUUUUAAACUAAAAAAUACUUUACUAUGCAAAAGGUUCACCAUUAUUGACGACCUUAUCCCAAUGCUGACGUUGGGAUCAACUUAUUUCAUUCAUACGGUGGUUUUGAAGCAAACUGUCGCUGUUUGGUCUUUAGAAGAACAUAUCAUGCUCCAUGUGCCACCAACGUUCUCUGCACCUUCAGACAUAAAAGAUCUUUAUGAAGCGUGCGAUGGUUGUCCCUUAAAAUUUAUCUAUUGUCUUGCGUCAAGUAUUGGAGUUAAUGUCUGCCCAAUAAAUUGUUUCAUGAACGCUAAAAUUAAUCUCCUACUAAGUUUGAGUAGCCUUAAGGCUCACUUAUGUACUGGGACCGCCAUAAUACAUUUUCUAGCAGUAGGCUUAGAUACUGGUUAUGUAGCCGAGCUGAUGAGACGAGCUGCGUUCUUAGCUGAUCGGAACACGAUUCUAGGGUUGUCUAAUACUGUGGUUGAGACGGCACUUAUAGCGUCAUCAGGAGGGGUGUGUGUUAUGCCUUUACCCCUUAAAGUAUAUAAUCAAAAACAGCUAAACACUCUAAUGUCUUCAAUUGAAACAGGAGACAUUAACUUAGACGUAGGAAAAGCUAAACUAAAGUGUGCUGUAUGGGCACAAGGAAUGGAUUUAAAAAAAAAUACCCUAUGUAACAUCGGAAGUGUAUUUGGCUUGAUUUCACGUGGUGACAAUCAGGAAGAUGAAGACGACCUAGCCGAUUUUACAUUCCAAGCUGCUGUGGAACCUGCGAAGACAACUAAGGAAGAAUUACAGGCACUUAAAGAUGUGUCGAAUUAUAUUGAAUUAGUAGCAGCAUAUACAGUCAUUGUAACUGAAGAAACAGAGAAUGUACUUCGUAAUUAUUUUUUAGCUGCUCGUAGGGAGAAGCCUAAAACUGUGAGUGUAAAAUGUAUGGAGGCGCUAGUAGCGGUGUGUAUGACGUCAGCAAGGUUGUGUCGACGCAACGCCACAAAUAUUAAUGACGCAGUAUUUGCUAUUUGGUUGCAUGUAAGCGGUUUACCAAGCCCAAGAUUUGCACCAGAAGAAUGUCUAGAGACACCAGCAAAUAUUAAAAAAUUUGAUAAAGUUAUUAAACUAUUUAUAAGUUGGCUAGAACAAUUUACUGGAACUAUUUUUUAA